UUUUCUGAAUUUUGUUUGCUGGAGUACUGACUAAAGAUGCCCCGGAUUGCCUUACCAGACCCUAACGUAUAUCUACGUUAUGUCGACGAAGAAAAUCGAAAUGCUGUACAACCACCUUCUGAUUUUACUAACUACUCGCACCCAAUCGCGUAUUUGGAGCGCCUUUCGGACACUGACCGACUAAAGAUGGCUGCUGUGCACGAAGCAAUUAGUGAUUUCCAUCACAACUUAAUUGAACACGACCGCCUAAUGCGGAAAAAAAUGGAGAAACUCUUGGGCGUUCUGCAGCAGUUUCAAUCCGCAGUGCAGUCCAAGUUAAAUGGGCUCGAUGAUAUCAGUCAAAAAACCAGUCUGUGCACUCUUAUGGCUAAACACGCGGACUUAAAGAAACGCACCUCCAUCAAUGUUUAUGAAAGCUGGGAUGACCUGCACACAUAUUUCCUAGGGGAAAAGUCGUAUGAAAAGCCGAGAUCCGACAUUUUAGUUAUUAAGAAAGCAAGAACUGGACGUAACAAGAAUUCAGAGAAAAGGUCAAACACGUACGGGGAUUGUUUCAAAGGUCUGUUCAAUAUUUACUGGGGAAGGGAGCAUCCGAACAAAAUCUGGCUAGAGAACAAUCAGUUUAUUAGUUUUAUGACAACCCUGGCUGAACUACAGGAUGAGUUUGAGACUUCUGAAAAAAUUUAUAAGAGGCUGCCGUCAAUAUCAGUACAAGCAAUCGAAGCUUACGCUCAAGCAACUAUUGGUGCUCAAUCUUUUGAAAAAGCUGAAGAACAAAUCGAAGAAGCAAGAGAUGCAAUAUUGGAUCUUGAUUAAAAUACUACGAUGAGUGUUGUAUUAAAUAUUUCCCAAGCUUCUUGCUUGCUUUUUCUUGA